GUCGAUCAAGGCGUUCCAGGAGGUUCUUUACAUCGACCCCAGCUUCUCCAGAUCUAAAGAGAUCCAUCUGAGACUGGGACUCAUGUUUAAAGUCAAUACAAACUACGAGUCCAGCUUAAAGCAUUUCCAGCUGGCUUUGAUCGACUCCAAUCUCUGCACUUUGUCCAAAGCUGAAAUUCAGUUCCACAUUGCUCAUUUGUAUGAGAUCCAGAAGAAAUACAGAGCGGCGAAAGAAGCGUAUGAAAGUCUCUUGCAGACGGAGAACCUUCCUGCACAGGUGAAGGCAACCUCUCUGCAACAACUGGGCUGGAUGCAUCACACGGUGGAGACGCUGGGGGAUAAAGGCACCAAGGACAGCUAUGCCAUUCAGUGUCUGCAGAAGUCUCUAGAAGCAGACCCAAACUCCGGACAGUCCUGGUACUUUCUCGGCAGGUGCUACUCCAGUAUAGGGAAGGUGCAGGAUGCCUUCAUCUCUUACCGUCAGUCCAUCGAUAAGUCAGAGGCCAGCGCUGACACCUGGUGCUCCAUAGGGGUUCUGUACCAGCAGCAGAACCAGCCUAUGGACGCUCUGCAGGCGUAUAUCUGUGCGGUUCAGCUGGACCACAGCCACGCGGCAGCCUGGAUGGACCUGGGCACGCUGUACGAGUCCUGCGGGCAGCCGCACGACGCCAUCAAGUGCUACAUCAACGCCACGCGGAGCAAAGCCUGCCUCAACACGGCUGCUCUCACUCAGAGGAUCAAGCUGCUGCAGGCUCAGUUGUGUAACCAACAGCCAGGUAGUCUGCAGAAUAAGAGUAAAAUGCUUCCUAGUAUUGAAGAGGCGUGGAGUUUACCCAUUCCUGCUGAGCUCACGUCCCGGCAGGGGGCCCUGAGCACUGCACAGGAGCAGGCCUGUAAAGCAGAGGAAAGUAAUCACACAGACCCUCAGGCCAGUCCAGCGAAGAGGAAACGGACCUCCAGCCCGGCUAAGGGUGCUGGAGAGUCGCUGGAAAGCAUAAACACCCAGCAGCAGCAGAUCCCCAGCUGGUACCUGACGCCACAGAAGCUCCAGAACCUUGAUCACUUGCGGUCGAACCGAGCGAACCUCAAGCCUCCUCAGGUUCAGAUCCUGGAGCAUCUGGAGCAGCAGUUUGUCCUCAUGCAGCAGCAUCAGCAUCGACCCAGCCUCCCCAACGGUCCUCUGGCUGAAUUGUCUCACCUCAACGCCAGCCUCCCCCGAACCUCCCCCCUCAAACACACCUCCUCCCAGCCCACAGCUAAUGGAUCCUGUUCUUCUAGUCCCUCCUCCUCCUCUGUGGGGACGCUAUUGGGACACCUGGACAAAAACCACAGCGUGGGACUGGGAGCGAGCAACGGAAACGUGCCUUACCCUCAGCAGAACUCUCUACAGCAGAACUCUCUACCUUUCCCUCAGCAGAACUCUCUACCUUUCCCUCAGCAGAACUCUCUACCUUUCCCUCAGCAGAACUCUCUACCUUUCCCUCAGCAGAACUCUCUACCUCAGCCCAGAAGUCCCAGCGCUGUGGAGGACGGGUGGAGGAACCAGCAGCAGCGCAACAACACCACUCAGGGGCUUCACAAAGGUUCUCAUUCGGCAGGUCCCAAUGGAGAACCCCCUUUCUCUUCCUCUCCUCACCCCUCCUUCUCUUCCUCUGGACUUCUGAAUCAGGUGGGCCACUCCUCCGGUCCCUGCACUGCCUCUUCCUCCGCCUCCUCCCUCUCUCCCACCUCCCCCCAAACCACACCCAACCACCACCUGUCCUCGCCCCCCUACUGCUCCUCCUCUACUACCUCAGGGGUCCAAACCAAAGACGUCACGCCUUCAGGGGCCACAAACGGCGACUUUCUGCCAUCAGUUUCUGCAGGCACGCCGUUAAGUCCCGCCCCCGCGCAGGGAUCGACUAAUCACGUCCAGCCGCGGGUGACGGACAGCUCUCCAGACAAUCCUCAGCUCUCAGCCUUGCUAAGGGAAAAGCCAAGUAACAACAACGACGACAACAAUAACUUCAGUAACCACGGGGGGGCUUCCUCGGAGAAAAUCAAAAUCAACCACGUCCACGAUCCUCAAACCUCCAACAGCCUCUCCUGCCUUAACAGCCCGUCCAAAAGCAACACCCAGGGGCCAAAGGUCAACGGGAAGGGGCCGCAGGAGUCUCAGAGCCCCAUGAAAGUGGAGCACCCUGCUGAAAAGAGACUUUCUCCCUCUGUUCUGGCUCCCUGGUCGUCAGUGUCCAUCUACCCCAGCUCCAGCGAGGUGCUAAAAGCGUGCAGGAACCUGGGGAAGAACGGCCUGUCGACGAGCAGCAUCGUCCUGGACAAAUGUCCUCCUCCACGGCCCCCCCGCCCUCCUUCUCCUCCGCUGCCAAAGGACAAACUCAACCCCCCCACGCCCAGUAUUUAUCUGGAAAACAAGAGGGACGCCUUCUUCCCCCCCCUCCAUCAGUUCUGCACCAACCCUUCAAACCCCGUCACCGUCAUCAGAGGACUGGCAGGAGCGCUCAAACUGGAUCUGGGUCUGUUCUCCACGAAGACCCUGGUGGAGGCGAACCCCGACCACCUGGUGGAGGUCCGCACGCAGCUCGCUCAGCCCGGAGACGAGAACUGGGACCAGAGCGGAGGAAAGAAGAUGUGGCGCUGCGAGAGCAGCCGCUCACACACCACCGUCAUCAGAUACGCCCAGUACCAAGCCUCCUCAUUCCAGGAGUCUCUGAGGGAGGAGAAUGAGAAUAAGAAGAAGGAGAUGGACACGGACGCAUCUUCAUCAGACAGUGCGCUGCGACGGAGGAAAGGCUCGUUCAAACACCUGAAGUUCGGCACCAACAUCGACCUGUCGGAUGAAAAGAAGUGGAAGCAGCAGCUGCAGGAGUUGUCUAAACUUCCAGCAUUUGCUCGUGUUGUGUCAGCUGGUAAUCUGCUGAGUCAUGUUGGUCACACCAUCCUUGGCAUGAACACGGUGCAGCUCUACAUGAAGGUCCCCGGCAGCCGGACACCAGGUCACCAGGAGAACAACAACUUCUGCUCAGUAAACAUCAACAUCGGUCCUGGAGACUGCGAGUGGUUCGCUGUUCCUGAAGCGUACUGGGGCGUCGUCAACGACUUCUGUGAAAAGAACAACAUCAACUUCCUGAUGGGCUCGUGGUGGCCGAACCUGGAGGAUCUGUACGAGAGCAACGUCCCCGUGUACCGCUUCAUCCAGAGACCUGGAGACCUGGUGUGGCUGAACACCGGCACCGUGCACUGGGUGCAGGCCAUCGGCUGGUGCAACAACAUCGCCUGGAACGUGGGACCCCUCACAGCACAUCAGUACAAGCUGGCCGUGGAGCGCUACGAGUGGAACAAACUGCAGAGCGUCAAGUCCAUCGUCCCCAUGAUCCACCUCUCCUGGAACAUGGCGAGGAACAUCAAGGUGUCCGACCACCGGCUCUUCGAGAUGAUCAAGUGAGGACGAGAGAUAUAUUUAAUUAAAGUGGGGGUUUCAUGAAAUACUUGCCUGUAGUCGACAGUAGAGAGUCUGCACGCCUUAGUUUGGAGGAUCGGAUAGAAGUAACUUCACUAAAACUAAACAAUGGGCUUUUAUUGACAUGAGCAGCAUAUUUGAGCCUACUGAAACAUAUGUCUUAAUUUAACUGUAACCUAUAUUCAGAUUAUAUUCACCACUAUACCUUUCUGUCAGACAACUACAGAGUGGAUGCUUCCUACGGGGAACUGAAGCUGUUACCUUUCUUUAAAACCACCAGACUGCAUUCACAGAAACUGUGCUUUAACCUCUCAGGCGCUCGUAUAGUUCUCCCUUGAGAAAGUUUGUGUUUGUGUGACUAAGGUGUUAUUAAACAGAUUCUUAAAAGUCAAAUAAAAACGCAAACAAAUAAAGGCAUCAGUAGACAAAUGUUCCUUAAGAGAGCACAUAUAAUGGUGCCUGUCAGGGAGGUCGGAAAGGUGUGAAAGUAAUCUAAAUAUAGCAUAACUUGCCGAAACCCUAGUGCAUGCGUUUGUCACCACCCGCUUGGACGACUGCAAUGGUGUCCUGUUCGGGGUUCCCAACAAAACCCCGGACAGGCUCCAGUAUGUCCAAAACUGUGCUGCUAGGGUCCUCACACACACAAAGCCGUGGCAGCCCAUCACUCCCACCCUCAUCCACCUACACUGGUUGCCGGUCAAGUCCCGCAUAUCCUACAAAGUCCUCCUCCUUACCUACAAGUCCCUCCAUGCCCUUGCCCC